UGACAGCGCUGGCGCUUUGCGGGCAAAAGUGUCUUCUUCGUGCGGACCCGAGCAGGAGAGCUCGGCGGAAAGCGUUCCUCCGCCUUGUUGGCCGUGGCCUGCCUCCACUUUCUCGCCUCCCCCGCUUCCGCCGGUCCCCCGCCCAGCAUGAAAGCCAUCAGCCCGGUGCGGUCGGUCAGGAGCUGCUACGAAGCCGUGUGCUGCGUCUCGGAUCAGAGCCUCGCCAUCGCCCGGGGCACCAGUAACAAGAGCCCGGCUCUGGAGGAGCCGAUGAGCAUCCUCUACGACAUGAACGACUGCUACUCCAAGCUGCGCGAGCUGGUCCCGGGCAUCCCGCAAGGCAGUAAGGUCAGCCAGGUGGAGAUCUUGCAACACGUCAUCGAUUAUAUCUUCGAUCUCCAGAUCGUGCUGGAGGAGCAGGCGAAGAAGGGACAGGAUCCCUCGGCCGAGGCUUCUCUGCUCUCGUUAAAAGCAGCCGAACUUGCAUCGGAACUCUGUUCAAAGGAUGAACGAAACCUGUGCCACCAUUAAUGUCUUAACAGGCUGCAGGUGUGGGAUCCUGACACUUGGUUCUCUCCAGUGAACGAAGGAGGAAAAAAGAAAAGGAAAAAUAGACCUUGACUGGAGGAAGAAUCAGCUGUUUGAAACCGGCCCGGACCUCCGCCUUUAUCUUCCAGAUAAACUGUGGAACAUGGUCACCCAAGGAAACUUCAAACUUGACUGGGUCUUCCAAUAACAACUUUUUUUUUUUACUUCUGUGUUACUUUUAUGUUCCAUCUGCCUGAAAACAAGAGACUCUGCAGGCCAGGAGUGGGGGUGCUGGGGGCGAGCAACUGCCUUUUAUUGUCAAAAUACUCAUCAGAUUGCUGCAUUGCACAAGAAGGAAGUUGGUAUCCUAAAGCAGUUUUUUUUGCAAAGGUUGAAGAAGUGGGGGGAACUCUUGAGCCAUCAGAUUUGUACUGCACAUUGUUCUGGCUGGAGAGAUCUCAAAGAAACGUGGACUGCAUACUUCCACAGUUGCAAUGCAUGGCGGAGAGAUAGGUUUUUUUGCUCUUUUUUUAAAAAAAUGAGACAAACGAAAUUGCAGAUAUGCAGCUUGUGUGUGUAUAUUUUGGAUUAUAGUUUUUUAACUUCAGUUUGGGGCUGGGGUGGGAAGGGAUGUAAGAAAAUGAAAGCUGAACUCGCUUGAGGUGGUUGAGCCUCAUGAGUUAUAUUGUUGAACUCUAUAAUAGAGAUGACAUAUGUACCUUUUUUUGGCAGGAAGGUGAAUUUCUGUAUCCAAGAAUUGUACUUGCUUUGUAAAAAAACCAAAAAAAAAACUUUUUAUAAAAGUUUCUUAAUAAAUUUUAAACUUUUUUAA